AUGUCUGAUACUGUAUAUAAACAACGCAUUCGGGCGGCUCUAGCCGAGAAGACUUGGUUUGGUUUCGACCUAGAUGACACCUUGCACGAGUUCCGCCGCGCAUCUUCCGCAGCAACCACGAAAACACUCGAAGCAGUUUCCCAGCGCCACGGAACUCACGUAGCAGCUUUGAAAGAGGAAUACUCCAGCAUUCUUCGCGACAAGACUGCCAAUGCCUUCUCUGAUGGUAAGACAUCAUUCGAGUACAGGAGCGACCGCUUUGUAUCGUUGCUGGAGCGCUUUUCGCUAUCUUACACGCCCGAAUUCAUUAACCACCUACUCGAUAUCUAUGAGAACACACUCACGGAAUCGUUACAACUCAAAAAUGGCGCCAUGGAACUCUUGUUACAGUUGAAGACAAUGGGAAAGAAGGUGGCUGUGAUCACCGAGGGGCCACAGGACGCUCAAGAGAGGACGGUAAAGCAGCUCGGCAUUGCUGAACACAUUGAUGUACUUGCCACGACCAACUUUUUUGGCGUCUCCAAAACCGAAGGUCUCUUCGCUGAGGUCUUGAAACAUGCCCAGAUACCGGAAUCAGAGAUGGUGUACGUCGGAGACAGUGUGUAUCCCGUAAUGGCACCCAUCCGCGUCGGCCUCAUCGGCCUCUCCUCUAGCGCCGCAACGGCCUGGGCCGCCAACUCCCAUCUCAAAUAUCUCUUGUCCCCUCGAGGCAGCUCCAAGUACCAAAUAACAGCACUCUGUAACUCCUCCGUCGACGCCGCCCAACGCGCCAUCAAAGAUCACAAUCUGCCGGCUGAGACAAAGGCGUAUGGCGACCCGGCAGACUUGGCAGUAGACCCAGACGUCGAUCUCGUCGUCGUCUCGGUGCGCGUGGACUUGCACCACAAGACGGCGCUCCCCAGCGUCGAGGCCGGGAAGCACGUGUACGUGGAAUGGCCGCUCGCGCAGGACGUCCAACACGCGAGCGAACUGACCGCUGCCGCCCAAAAGGCCGGCGGUAAAACGUUGGUCGGCAUCCAGGGGCGGACAGUACCUGUUUUCCUCAAGAUUCGAGACUUGUUACGGGAGGGACGUGUUGGUAAGGUGCUCAGCAGCGAGGUCAAGGCUGCGGGUGGUUUGGUCGAUCGUGAGGUGAUACCGACCCAAUUGAAGUACUUCACCGACAAGGCCAUUGGGGGAAACAUUGUCACUAUUGGAUUCGGACACUUGUUUGAUCAGAUUCAGUAUAUUUUGGGUGACGUAUCCAACCUGAAAUCUCACACCCAAAUCCAACGUCCCAACGUCAAGAUCAGGGAUCCUCAGACCAAAGAAAUAACCGAAACGGUCAAGUCUAACGUUCCAGACCUGGUCAUCACCACCGGCACGCUCCCGGCAUCGGACAUUACCGCCGAGAAUGCGACACUGCUCGUCCGCUUCCGCAAGGGCCAGCCUUUCAAGGGAGAAGCGCCGCUUGUUUGGACCAUCAAUGGCGAAAAGGGGGAGAUCCGUCUUACUUCAGACGUCAGCACAUCUUUGCAGGCAUCGGCACAGGUGCAGGACAUUCGGAUUGAGGUGCAUGACUUCGAGAGCGACGAGGUUGAGACGGUUGAAUGGGGUUGGGAGGACUGGGAGGCUGAGUUGCCCCCGCUGGCGAGGAGUAUCGGCGCAGCCUAUGAGGCGUUUGCGGAAGGAAAGGAAGUUCCUACUUUUGAGGAUGCACUGAAGAGGCAUGAGCAGAUUGAGAGUAUUCUGUCGAGCUCUGCUUAG